AUGCCCAUGUUCCACGGGAUGGGUGUACUGCAGAGCUGUUGGACGGCAUCCUCCGGGCUGGUAGUCAGCUCGUUCGAACCGAAGUCCCCAGCCCCGGUCCCGACACCCGACGCCCUCUUCGUGGCUGCCAAGGCUACGGAAAGCGACAUGUGUUUUGCGUGCCUUCAUUCAUCGAGGCGUGGUCCCGGAACCCGGACUACGUUCGCUGGCUUGCUUCUCGUGGAGGCGUGGUACGUCUGCCUCGUACCGCUUUUCGGCGGCGGUCCUCUGAACAAGGAGGCCGGAGACUUCAUGACUUCGCAGGGCGUCUCAAUUUUGAUCUUAUACGGCUCGACGGAGGGUGGAAUCAUGAGUCCGAUCCUCCCGUCGCAGGUCGGCUACGACUGGGAUUACUUCAAGUUCCCAGGCCUUGUUACGCCUCACAUGGAACCGUACGGAGACAACACCUACGAGUUCGUCAUGUUGGAGAACGAGUACUGCCGCCCAAGUGUGAUCAACAUAAAAAUCGGCGGAGUGGAUGCGUAUGCGUCGUCCGACAUGAUGAUCCCCCACCCCACGAAGCAAGGGUACUGGAAGGUCUUUGGAAGAACAGACGAUCAGAUCAUGCACAACACUGGCGAGAAGACGAACCCGGGACCGCUAGAGAACAUGCUGAAUCAGGAUCCGCACGUCUUGGCGUCUGUGAUGUUUGGGCGCGGUCGAUUUCAAGCAGGGAUCCUCGUCGACCCCCGGCCUCAACACAGGGUUGACCCAGCAGACGAGACGAAGCUGGCGGAGUUCCGGAACAUGAUAUGGUACGUGAUACUGUCCUUCCAGAUGAUCAUAGUAUCGAACCCUUCUAAACCAUUCACUUAUACGGCGAAGAGCACUGCGCGCAGGCAGGCUGCCAUUGACGACUACGCCGAGGAGAUCGACGCUGCUUACGACAGAGUUGAGGAAAGCACUCAGUCCAGCAUCCCCCCUCCGUCCCAGUGGGACCGCCCCACCACGCUCGACUUCGUCCGCGCGGUCAUCAACAAGGUUCUAGUCCACAAUGUGGACGAUAACGACGAUAUCUUCCAGCACGGCUGCGACAGUCUGCAGGCAACUCAUAUCAGAAAUGCGCUGUUGCGCGCUUUGCGGGACUCCGCGCAGCUCGACACGCGCAAGAGCGUUAGGAACUUCGUCUACGACCUCCCCACUGUGAUCAGCCUCGCUGCUUUCCUCCUCGAGCUAGCGACACUGGGCGCCUGGUCAGGCUCUCUGAAGUCUAUCGAGAGCAGAGCAGACAGCAUGCUUGCGAUGGCCGCGAAGUACCUCAAUGAUCUCCCGAAACACAAGUCCGCCACCUCGACUGCCGGCCUGCAUCCCGUCAUCUUGGUGACGGGUACUACGGGCAGCCUCGGGUCCUUCCUACUCUCUCGUCUUGUCGAGGACCCGUCUGUCGCGCGCAUUUACGCCGUUAAUCGUCCUGCGAGAGACGGGAGAGGAUUGCGAGCACGACAGGAAGCUGUUAUGGCUUCUCGCGGACUCGACAUCGCCUGUCUUGAGAACAGCAAGGUUGUGCUCCUGGAGGCCGACAUCUCUGUGGCCGGCUUCAACCUCUCGCAUGAGGUGUAUGCGGAGAUGCAAUCUUCCGUGACGCAUGUAAUCCAUAACGCAUGGAGAGUAGACUUCAAUUUGUCUCUCGAGUCGUUCGAGCCCAAUGUCAAGGGUGUGCGACACCUCAUCGAUUUCGCACUGUCCUCCCCGCGUCCAAGCCCACCACGAACACUGUUCACCAGUUCCAUCGGGGUCUUCCAGAACAUCGAGGGCGUCCAACUGGCUGAGCAGUUCAUCAGUCCUGCCGUCGCCGUCGGGUCGGGCUACUCGGAAUUGAAAUGGGUAGCGGAACGGAUCCUCAUGGAAGCAGCAGAGAAGACAAGCCUCGAGACCCUCGUCGUCCGCGUCGGUCAGAUCUGCGGUGGGCCCGACGGAGCGUGGAACGCGCACGAAUGGUUCCCGUCCAUGGUGCAGAGCGCCACGAUCCUUGGUUGUUUCCCGGAUGAUCCCAAGGCGGUGUCAUGGGUGCCUCUCGCCACAGCAGCCAGCGCCCUCGCCGGGCUCGUACACGCCGCAUAUAAGAAGGACGUCAUCCAUUUGAUCCAUCCCCGCCUUGUCACCUGGUCUUCGCUCGCCGCCGUCAUCGCAGACGAGCUCAACGUCUCCCUCGUCCCCUACGCCGAAUGGCUGUCCAGGCUCGAAGCGCUGCACGACGCACCCCCUCGUAGACCAGACGGACGCAUGGAAGUCGAGCUGCUACGCACUGUUAGGGCACUGCGCGUGCUUCCAUGGUACCAGGGACUCCAGAUAUCGCGAAGCGGCACAGAGGCGCUGGGCUUCCCCGCGCUCUCCGUGACACGGGCGAAGGAGCUGUCUCCUGUAUUGGCGGAGGUGGCCCCGCUGAGUAGCGAGGAUGUGAGGAAGUGGCUAGCAUUUUGGCGGGAGACGCAGUCGCUUUGACUCAUACCAUAGAUGCAUGGUAACGGUUUCGUGUCAAACUGAAUAGGAUCGCGUCUGUCUCUGCAACGUCAAGUGUUCGCUCGCGCGCGUGUAGCCCGGUAAGGAUGACAGCUCAUCCGAGUCGCUGGUACUGUUACACCCUCGUUUCUAAGCACCAUUCCAGACGGUGCCCCGUAGGCCUGUACAUUACGUGAUCCACAGCAGAAGAAGUGCCCA